AGGAGUGGCUAAUGAUUGAAACAUCCAGAUGAGGACACCUCAGCUCUAAACAGCCAAGGUUUUAACGCGAGUGGUGAGCCAUCCACUCACAGUCCUGAUUGGCUUUUUUCCCCCUGUGUUGACAUUUAAUCCUUAAAUUUUAUUCCAAUGGCUCCAAACUUCAAACUCUUCUCACUCAUUUGGCUAGUUGCAGCCUGUUUUGCACCUCAAGCAACAUCAGCCACUGAUGGUACAACAGUCCCAACACCUCAAGAACCAACGGCAGGUCCAGGUGGUCCAUCGACAACGCCUAAAGUAACAACGGCAGGUCCAGGUGGUCCAUCGGCAGCGCCUAAAGAAACAACGGCAGCUCCAGGUGGUCCAUCGGCAGCGCCUAAAGAAACAACGGCAGCUCCAGGUGGUCCAUCGGCAGCGCCUAAAGAAACAACGGCAGGUCCAGGUGGUCCAUCGGCAACAUCAAGAAACAACGGCAGGUCCAGGUGGUCCAUCGGCAACGCCUCAAGAAACAACGGCAGGUUUAGGUGUCCAUCGACAGCGCUAAAGGAACAACGGCAGCUCCAGGUGGUCCAUCGACAGCGCCUAAAGGAACACGGCAGCUCCAGGUGGUCCAUCGACAGUGCUAAAGAAACAACGGCAG